GUUUUGUACACGAAAGUUAUAACUUAUCAUUAUCGCAACUCCAAAGUCCGUGCUAAAAAAAUUACGGAAAAUCAACAUUAUGAUUAAUCAAGCAUAAUUUCCUACAGAUCUUUAAAUAUUGAUUGAGUCAUGCACAGUGCAGAUGAGCUGUUUAGGGUGCGGCAAGGCUUGGAAAAGAGUGUGCCACAGAAAGGUGGCGUAAAAGACUUCAUGCCAGAUGGCUCCUGGAUUCAAGGCAAGCAGAUAGAAAAAUUCCAUGAGGAACGGGAAAAGGUGCUUGCAGAGCCAAGAGUUCAGAAAAAGUGUGACUAUGUACAUGGUUUAUGGACCAAUGAAUCGCGGCUUGUGGAAAUUGAACAUGAAGGGAAGAGCUUCUGGAAAAAUAUGGGUUUUACCCGCAAUGGACGAAAGUUUUUACAUCCAGAAGAGGCCCUUUUUCUCAUGGAAAUGAAUGUGUUGCAAGUGUGGUACAAUUUCCUACCAAUGAGCAUAGAGGGAGCGUAUUGUAGAUUCCUGGGCCCCACUCUUACCCUGGAGUUUCAUCAGGUGUACGCCCAUCUCCGAAGGAUGGGAUAUGUGGUCAUAAGACACAGGGGCAAGUUGGCUUCACGUUAUGAGCGCGAGAUAGGUCUAGACAAAUACCAGAAAAAGAAAGAAAGACAGUUGGGAGAUCCUAUGACAAGCUCCCUUCUGACAAAGAAGAAUUCUAUUGAAGAGUUAGCUCAGAUGGAAGGGUUAGAAAACUGUGUUACAGACAAAAUGUGUGAACAUGAAAAAGUGGCUGGUGAAGAAAUAGUUGCAUCUGAAAAUUCCCAAAUAAAAAUGGAUUGUGCUGCAUCUAUUGAGAAAGCUCACUCUCAGGAGACCGAAAUUGGUGGGAAUGAAGAAAUGGGAAGUUCCUUAAUAUUACAGUCGCAUAUGAAUUCAAUAAAAGAUUCUGCGGAAUGCCUGAAUGAUAAUGUUACGUCUUUAAGUCCAGUAGAUGACAAUAUCUUGACAACUUUUAAACACAGUGAUGCUACAAAUAGUGCAUUUAGCUCAGAGAGCCGCAAUGCAUCCGGGUUCCAAUAUAAAUCCUCCGCAUGGGAUUUCAGGAAAAUCGCUUUCCCAAACUUUGGAGCUGAGUGUGGUGAUGUUAUCAAGAUUCAACGAUCAGAAAGCAAUCUUACGCCAGGCCAUGUGGUUUGCGAAUUGGAUUGUUACGAUUUUAAUCGAAUGGCCCACAUCAACAAAAAGAAGGACAAAAAGAAAGACCUUGAAAGGGACAGGAAACUGAAGUUCUCAAACAAUAACAGUAGAUUUUCAUCGUAUCAAAAUUCUAGAAAUUGGUCUGAGUAUAAAGUGUGUCUAUACAACUGGAGGUCCAACAAUUGGAGACAGGACCAGUUUCCGCACCUAUUUGCUGACGGCCUUCAACCCCUCGUGCGACCAGAAUUGGCAACAUCAACAGAAGCUAUCCUACAGCAGUUGCAAGUUAUCAAAUCAUCUACUAAACCACCAAGAAAUUCAAAGGCUGAUCCCCCAGCAGUUCUGCCCCACUUUGAUGUGUACUCUCCAAAUAAGAAGUUUAAAAAGACAAACCCAGGGACCCCAGACUUUCGUGUGAUCGUCAUGAGACUCAUUCAAACCAGAUGUGAUGAAAGUCCGCCAGACUUGAAGACAAUAUCAGACAUAGAUGUCUACUUUGAUGACGAUGUUCCACUUCACUGCGCAGUUGUCGAUGCGGGGACGGUCAUGUUCAAUACUCUGUCUUUUUUCACGCUGCCAACUGAGGUUUCCCUUGGAUAGCUAUUUCAGUGGACAACUAUGCAGUGGACUUUGCUGCUGUCAUAUUAAUCCUUUCUGUGCCAUUUUUGGUUCUUUGAUAUAUCCUGGUUACCGUCUUAUUAAAUAUUAAACAACAAAUCUAAUAUACCAUGCAAUUUUGUUACAAGCAUAAUUGACAGAUCAGCUUUAUAUAAAUUAAUAUUUAAAAUUAGCUUUUUUAUUUGUAUUGAAAUUCGCCUUGGCUUCAUUGACAUUGAAAUUGAUUUACAUUUUAACUUGCUAAGGCUUUGAUCAAAAUGAGUUUAGGCUCGGCUUUGAUCAACAUUGAACGAACUAAUUUGGAAAGCAUGGAGCUCAUUGCCUGAAGGAGUUGUCUUGUAAAAACAUUUGCUUUCUAUAUACUUUUAUUUUCUCAGAGAUUGACCGAAAUAGGCGUCGCUUUAAAUCCAAAUGCAGCUGGUCUAUAUCUUACUUUGAUUUGAGUAAAAAUGAUACAGAUAGUGGUGGUUAAUGCCAAGUUUAACUCAGAAUUAAAGCAGUAUUUGAAUAUUCCUGUUCAAAGAAUAUUCUUUAUUCUUAGACUUAAGUCUAAGAAUUGUUUGUGAUUAUGGACCCAGUUGUUUUGUUUUUGUCAUUAAGUUGUGAUCAUGUAAGUGUAUCUGAAAUGAAAAUUUACGUUGA